CUUCAUAUUUUAUAAAAUAUUCUGUCAUUGGAACCAACAUUGUUACCAUCGCACUAACCUCCCUCUAAAGAAAACAAAAAAGUGUUCCAAGUUAGAUAAAUAGAUAUAGAGAGAUGGAAGAACACGGCGGAAGACGGUGGCCAGUACUGGUGGUGCUUGCAGCAUCCCCGUUUCAUGGCCAUAUGACCCCUACUCUCCAGCUAGCCAAAGCCCUUCAUGCCAAUGGGUUCUCUAUAGCCAUUGCUCACUCCAAACUGAACCCUCCUAACCCUUCUAACCAUCCUUCCUUCAUUUUCCUCCCUCUUUCCGACAACUUAUCCGCUAUUGAUGACUCCGGUAACUUCAGUAAUUUCAUCCACACUCUCAACAAAAACUGCAAACCAUCCUUCCAAAAACACAUGACUCGUUUGAUCGGUGAACAAAAUAGAGGAAAUAAAUCAAUCGUUGUCAUCUAUGACAACCUUAUGUUUUGUGCAGGAAGCGUUGCUGUCGAUCUGAAUCUUGUCGCCAUAGUCUUCCGCAGUUGCAGUGCAGCGUACUUUCCGGCUAACCUUGUCCGUCAGCAGCUCCAUCAAGAAAGCAGAUAUCUUGAACAAGAUUAUGUGAUGCAGGAGAUGGUGCCAAAUCAUCAUCCCCUCAGGUAUAAAGAUCUGCCCUUUUCAAAAUCACCUAUUGAAGAUUGGCAGCAAUUGUUUGCCAUUAUCAGCCAAUCGAUACGACCCUCUGCAGUUAUUUGGAACACCAUUAAAGUUCUCGAACAUGAAGCCUUAACCCAAAUCCAGAAGUACUACCAGGUUCCUGUUUUUUCAGUCGGGCCUCUACACAAAAUAACACCAACUGAUCUCCCUACUAGUUUUCUCGAAGAGGACACUAGUUGCAUUGCCUGGCUCGACAAACAACCUCCCAAAUCCGUAAUUUACGUUAGCUUCGGAAGCUUAAUGACGUUGGAUAAAAAAGUGCUAACCGAGAUGGCAUGUGGGAUAGCCAAAAGCAACCAGCGGUUCAUAUGGGUAGUUAGACCGGGUUCAGUUGGUGAGUCGGAAUGGACUGAGUUCUUGCCGGAGGGUUUCAUAGAGGAGACGAGAGAACGUGGUUUGAUUGUAAAAUGGGCGCCCCAAAGGAAAGUGUUGGCGCAUAUUGCCGUUGGUGGAUUUUGGAGUCAUUGUGGUUGGAAUUCGACAUUGGAGAGUAUUUCGGAAGGGAUUCCGAUGAUAUGCCAACCAUUUAAUGUAGACCAAAUGGUGAAUGCACGUUACGUGAGUUAUGUAUGGAAGAUAGGGUUGGAAUUGGAGGAUUUAAAGAGUGAGGAAAUGGAAAGUAUGAUUAGAAGAGUUAUGGUGGAUGAAGAAGGGGAGGAGAUGAGAGUUAGAGCAAUCGGAAUGAAGGAAAUGGUUAAAGAAGCAGUGCAAAAUGGUGGUUGUUCAUAUGAUUCGUUGGAGGAGUUAGUGGGUUUUAUCUCGUCUUGUUGAUAGUCAAGAAAUGUGAUGAAUCUGCAAGCUCGAGGAUGGACAAAUCCGGCCAAGUGGAGCAUUUGAACGCAUUGAAGUUUUUUUUUUUUUCAAUAUUCAUUUUAUAAAUAUAUAAAAAUUCAUGAACCUUGCAGUCUUUUUGGUUCCAUAAAUUUGGAUGUAUACUAAUUAUUAACGAGUUUAAUCCAUCUAAGACAAAGAGGAAACAACGACAUGAUUUGCUUUAUUUAUCAAAGUAUUUAUAAUUAACCGAUUAUAUCGUU